CAGGCCGACGAUUGCACUAGAUGGCACAUCUGUGUGACUUGUAGCCUCCAUGUGUCAUUUAUGAUUGAUAGAAAAGAGCCUGCAAACACUGGCUGAGUAGGUUUGGCGCAGCAGUGAAGAGUACAGGACCCUCUGUCACAAAAGCUGCUGCGACAUGACGGACUCCCCGGACUACGCAUCGGAGGUCUUCUCUGAUCCAGGUCUGUGGGGAAACCAAAGCUUCUCCUCUAACGGGUCGGCCAACGGCACCGCUCUCCACGACCCCAUGUCUUCGGGGAUGAACAAGGUCAUCAACGUACUCCUGCUGGUCAUCGUUUUCAUCACCAUGGUUUCCCUGGGAUGCACCAUGGAGGUGUCCAGGAUCAAGAGCCACAUACUGAGACCUAAAGGGCUCGUGAUAGCAGUGGUGUCCCAGUAUGUUGUCAUGCCUCUGGUGGCCUUUUGUCUAGUUACGGCGUUCCAGCUUACUGAAAUCAGGGCGGUGGUGGUUCUGAUCUGCGGCUGCUGUCCCGGAGGGAACCUCUCCAACAUCCUGGCCCUGGCUCUGCAGGGAGACAUGAACCUCAGCAUUUUGAUGACAACCUGCUCCACGUUGCUGGCUUUCGGCACGAUGCCUCUGCUGCUCUCCAUCUACUGUCGAGGCUUCGACCUGCACAGCGCCAUCCCCUACGGCGAGAUCAGCAUAUCGCUGGUCAUGACCCUCAUACCGUGCGCCAUCGGCGUCGUCGUCAACUACUACAGGCCAAAGUACGCCAAGAUCAUCACAAAGGUGGGCCUCACGUUCACAUUCGUGGCUGUGACGGGCAUCAUCAUCAUGACCUCCUAUCUGAGCGGAGGCUCAAUCCUGACGGUGCUGUCCGGCCCCCUCAUGGCCAUCAGUGCUCUCAUGCCCUUCAUCGGCUACACCUUUGGUUACUUCAUCUCCUGGCCUUUCAAACUAAACCAAUCGGAGAUGAGGACUGUUUCUAUGGAAACAGGCUGUCAGAACACCCAGCUGUGCACCACCAUUCUGAAGCUGGCCUUUCCCCGGGAGCUGGUGGGCACUCUGUUCCUCUUCCCCAUGGUCUACGGGUUUUUCCAGGCGAUGGAGGCGGCGCUGCUCAUCGUGGCGUUCAGGUGUCACCAAAGAUUCACGCUCAAAAAGAAAGAGAAAUAUCAGCCUGCCAACAGUGAGGACCGGUUGAAGGAGGCCUGUGAGGGGCGCGCUGUGACAGAAGCUCCUAAAAGCACCAACGCGGCCACUUCCUCACCUUCCUGAACAGAGACUCUAGAAACUAAAGUG